UGAGUCGGCCGGCGGCGUCCGUACUCGACGCCUGUCGCAUUCGGUUUCUCGCCAAUGUGGCAUUGUGAUAUAUUUCUGAUUCUUUACUGUAGUACUUAACAUACUGUUACUUAAAUUUCGAAUACCAUAAAUUCAUUGCUACGUUGUGGUUUCUUUAGUGUUUGUGAGUGAACGGCUAUUGUCUGUACCAGAUUAAUUAAUAAAGUAUUCAGUGCCUAGCCAGUUUAUUAUGCAAUGUUUAGUUUAAGCUUUCAGCAAUAACAUUUACAAAUUUCCUUAAAUGUGUGUGUGUUCUGUGAAUUUAUUUUAAUUUAUACGACGUUUAUGAAACAUUAAACAUUUAUUUUAAAUUGCCCUUUUUUGUCGUGAUUCAAGAAUUCGCAGUAAAAAAUGGAAUCAAAAGUGAUAUUGAAGGAUAAAAAUCCUCAUGACAACGCUAAUAUAUUGUCGAAACUGUUUUUGACAUGGAGUUUCAGUUUAUUCAAAAGAGGAUAUAAAAAUGGUCUCACGGUGCAGGACUUAUGGGCGGCUAGAGGAGGAGAUAGAUCAGGUCGACUUGGUGACAGAUUAGAAGAAGCAUGGGAGCAGGAGUUACAGACUGCGCAACACAAGGGCGGAAAGCCAUCGCUGUCCAAAGCCAUAAUCCGGUCUUUUUGGUUCGAAUACAUGUUAUGUGGACUUGUAGCAGGUCUUCUUUUUGUUAUUGUAUGGCCACUUAUUCCAUAUACACUAGGGUUAUUUAUAGACUACUUUGCGGGAAAUAAAACUCCAGAGACUUACAGGAACGCGCAUAUUUACAACUUCUGCUUGAACUUCUUGAGUAUAGCGACGGCUUUGGCAAUGAACCAUUUGUUUCUGGCUCAGGGUUCCGUGGGAAUGAGGAUAAGGAUUGCUUGCUGUUCAUUACUUUAUAGAAAGAUUUUGAGACUGAACCGAAAGGGUUCAAACAAGACAGCACCAGGCCAAGUGAUAAACUUGAUGUCUAAUGACGUAAACAGAUUCGAUAUGGUAACUCUCUUCCUGAACUACAUCUGGGUGAUGCCGAUUGUGGUACCAGUCGUUUCAUACUUGGUUUGGCAGCAAAUAGCGUGGGCCACUGUCGCCGCUUUGUUGGUGAUCAUAAUUCAGACUGUGUUAGUCCAAUCGUAUUUGAGUAAACGACAAGGUGUCUUACGAGGCAAGAUCGCCAAGCGAACAGACGAGAGAGUGAAAGUCAUGAGCGAGCUCGUCAACGGCGUUCAGGUCAUCAAGAUGUAUGCUUGGGAGAAGCCUUUCGAAAAACUUGUAGAUAAAUUGAGAAAGUUGGAGGUCAAAUUCAUAAUGCGCACGUCAAUGAUAAAAGGAUUUUCUACCGCCCUUAUGGUUUUCACCGAAAGGUUCAUAUUAUUCUGCGCUGUUAUCACUUUCGUGGUGUUGGGAGGACACAUCCGAGCCAGUAUUACAUUCUCCUUGGUGCAAUACUUCAACCUACUUCAGUUGGCUUGUAAUAUUUUCUUUCCAUUGGCUCUGGCCAUGCUGGCUGAAUCGAGAGUGUCUAUUAAGAGAAUUGAGGAAUUCUUAAAACUAGAAGAACUAGAAUCCCCAAAAGCAAUAGAAGCAAAAUCAAUGAACAUGAAAUCAUUAACGAAUGGGAUUGAGAAAGAAGAAAAAGAGAGGUCAAAGUACAGCGGACUAGUUUUAACAGGAGUUAGCGCCAGUUGGCAACCGGAUCCUAUUGUUCACACUUUAAGGAAUAUAACAUUAAAUGUGCAGCCUGGAGAAUACGUCGGUAUCGUUGGCACUGUGGGAUCUGGGAAGACCUCUCUACUUCAACUUAUCCUCGGCGAGCUGCCGGCGACUCAAGGCUCAGUCUCUCUGGACGGGGCUCGUAUCGCCUAUGCCAGUCAAGAACCAUGGUUAUUCGUUGCCACUGUAAGACAGAACAUUCUGUUCGGUCUACCUUAUGACCGCAUUAGGUAUAAAAAAGUGGUGACAGCAUGUGCCCUACUGCGAGACUUCGAGCAAUUGCCAGCUGGGGAUUCAACUCUUGUGGGGGAGCGUGGCAUCAGCCUCAGCGGGGGACAGCGCGCGCGUAUUGGGCUCGCUCGUGCUUGCUAUAGACAAGCGGACAUCUAUCUCUUGGACGAUCCUUUGUCUGCAGUGGACACACACGUUGGCAAACACCUGGUCUCUGAAUGUCUUCUGGGUCUUUUAAAACACUCCACUAGGAUCCUUGUCACACACCAACUUCACCACUUGAAAAGUGCCGACAAAGUUGUAAUACUGCGGAAUGGUGAAAUAGAAGGUCAAGGUCUUUUCGAUGAAGUGUCCCAUUUCCCACUAUUCGCCGAGCUGCUUGAAGAAGAAGAACCGGGCAUAGACGAAAGCGUUAGGCAGCUAACACGACAACGCACUCUGUCUAUUCAGUCUCACACAAGUGCCGUUACGCUACAAGAUAAUGCAAAUGAAGAAAAUGAGGAACCGACAGAAUCUGAAGAACUUAUGGAAAAAGGACGUGUAUCAGGGUCAGUUUACUUAGCAUACUUCCGUUAUGGCGGCGGCUGGUGCUUACUCUUGUGGACCAUAAUCGGCAUUAUAUUAGCGCAGGUUGUCACUUCUUUUAGCGAUCUCUGGCUUUCACACUGGAUGAACGUAGUAGAAGCAGCGUACAGCAAUCCUUAUGCAAAUAACACACUAAAUGCAACGGAUAUCAUCCCUCUACUCAACUCUACCGAACUAAAUGACACAAGCGACAUCUCGUCUACUUUUGCUACAAUAACAGAUAAUUAUACUAGUGACGUCACUGACGCAGGAAACGAAACAAGCACCCUGAAACCUACUGUAAUUCGUUUAGUGCUCGAUACGGCAUUGGCAUUGCAAAGGGCGGCUGCUGAUAGAAUUGAGCAUCCUUAUUAUAUUUACAUAUGGGGUCUAGGAAUAUUGGGGUGUAUUGUGCUUACUACUGCCAGAUCGCUGCUCUUCCUCUGGGUGUGCAUGCGCAGCUCGAUCAACCUCCAUAACAAGAUGUUUAGUAACAUCCUAUCGGCUACCAUGCGGUUCUUUGACACGAACCCCUCCGGGCGGAUCCUCAACCGGUUCUCGAAGGAUAUGGGUGUUGUGGAUGAAAUUCUGCCUAGAAUGUAUUUGGAUAGUAUUCAGGUGAUAAUGGUAAUGCUGGGUAUCCUGGUGAUGGUGGCGAUAGUGAGUCCAUACAUGCUACUGACCACCGCCGUCUGCGCCGUUCUCAUGUACCUCUGGACCAACAUCUAUCUUAACACCGCUCAGGCUAUCAAGAGGGUAGAAGGAGUGACGCGCAGUCCAGUAUUCUCACAUGUGUCAGCUACUAUGGCAGGACUUACAACAGUGCGUGCUUGUGGGGCACAGGAACUGCUAAAGGUGCAAUUCGAUGACAAGCAAGAUGUCCACACUGCUGCCUGGUACUUAACGCUUGUAACGAACACAAGCUUUGGGAUUUGGUUGUGUAUGAUUUCUGCAUCAUACGUCGUGGUGACUGCAUACACAUUUCUCUUUAUGGAUGACGGUACAACAAAGUCCGGCAACGUGGGUCUGGCUUUAAGUCAAGGGUUGAUCUUAGUAAAUAUGGUUCAACACGGCAUUAAACAGGCCACCGAAGUGAUAUCCCAAAUGACUAGCGUGGAACGUGUUCAGCAGUUCACCUCUUUGCCUAAAGAAAACACGGAAGGACCAACUCCGCCUAAAGGCUGGCCGCAACGGGCUAGAGUUGUUUUUAAGGAAGUGUACUUACGAUAUGAUAGAGAAGCAGAACCUGUACUUAAAAAUUUGAAUAUUGUUAUUGAGAGUGGUUGGAAGGUUGGAGUAGUUGGUAGAACAGGUGCAGGGAAGUCCUCUCUAAUAUCAGCGCUGUUCCGCCUAGCGCCAAUCGACGGCCAAAUCUUCAUAGAUGACGUGGAAACAGGCACCAUUGCACUGAAGCAACUGAGAUCGAAAAUAGCUAUUAUACCUCAGGAACCCGUAUUGUUCUCCGCCAUGUUACGAUAUAAUUUGGAUCCCUUUGAUAAAUAUACUGAUGCUGACAUUUGGAGAGCUCUUGAACAGGUGGAGCUAAAGAACAGUGUAACAUCACUAACGGCGGAGGUGGCCGCCGGUGGGUCGAACUUCAGCGCAGGCCAGCGGCAGCUGCUAUGUCUUGCGCGCGCCGCACUCGCACGGAACAAGCUGCUCGUACUGGACGAGGCCACAGCUAAUGUUGAUCCUAACACUGACGCUCUAAUCCAGAAGUCGAUUCGUAAAUACUUUGCGGACUGCACGGUGAUCACUGUAGCCCAUCGUUUGCACACUGUUGCCGAUUCUGACCGUGUUCUGGUCAUGGACGCGGGACAAGUAGUAGAAUGUGGUCACCCGCAUGAACUACUGCAGAAUGAAGAAGGUCACUUCACAAAGAUGGUGAAGCAACUCGGACCUGCGUCUGAGGCGAGCCUGCGUGAACUUGCGAACAAUGCGCACGCGCAGCAUAUACGAUACGUAGACGCUGAUGAACAAGCGCAAGCGUAAUAAAUAACUAUAUACACAAAUAUAUGCGUCGUAAAACGAUCGCUAUAAUUGUAUCUUACCACAACUUACACACUUGGCCGCACUAAAACUGUGUUUUGUAAGACAAAUUGUCCGCGGCGGUUAUAGCAAAUAAUGAAACGCGUGACCAAGUGUGAUCAUACGCUAAUAAUGAUACUCCAACAACGUAAUGCUUACUACAUUAGGAGGAUAGUUUUCUGAUGUUGCAAGGUAAUAUAAACCGGUGCCACAGUGUUUUUGCCUCCAAGUAAGUAUAUCUACUGUAAGACGAUAUCUAUGAACACAUUUAAAACCAAGAACCGGUAUGGUUCAACAAAAUUGGGAUUUGUAGUAAAAAAUUAUGUACUAAAAUAUGAAUAUUUACAAUAAAAAAGUACUUAAAAAUCAGAGUACAAUGUAUUAAAAAUACUUAUAUUGGUCAGAUACUUAUAAAAUGAACGCACAAUUUUACGUACUGUAAAAUCAUCAAAAUGAUUAGGGUACGUACAAAUCUGGUGAAAACGUCAGUUUGCGAAAAGCUCGCGAGCUGCACACGCGCAUUACGUAGUGCGAUCUGUUCGCGUGCUGGUCGUGCGCAUACAGUGCAUUCGCCAGAUCUUAUGUGAUCUGUACGUACCCACAGAAUUGGCUCCACUCUUUAUCACGUGAUAUAAAACAUAAUAGCAGCUUUUAUUAGUUAAGUUUCUUACUGUACCUAUAUUUAUUUAUAGUGAAUGAGUUAAGUGGACCAAGAGGUUUAGUAUUUAAGACAUUGUAUACAAAAUCUUACAAAAGUGUCAAAAUACAAUGAUUUAUACCACAUUACGGUGGCAGCCAGUAGUUGUUAUGAACCAAGGAAAUAUUUUACUUAAUUUUUAUAACGAAGUACUUAGGUACAGACUAUUUUCUUAGUUUUGUAUUUGAGUUAAUCCUUCCUUGCCAGCAUAUUGCAUGUAUAAUUUCUAAAUAUUAAUUCUAUAAAAUAUUAAAGGUAUUUUGUAAAUGUGUAAUUUUAUGCAGUAUACCUAACAUGACCGUACAGCCCGCUUUGAGCAGAACAGUCGCGCUGACAAAACAGCACACGUGACAAUAAAUUUAAAAAUUGGCACAAAAGAGGCAUUCAAGCCUUAUCGGCCGCUAUGAAACGUAUUUAAAAACUAAAUACAUUAAAGCUAAUUUGCUCAGCCAAAGAAUAUAUAAAGCCAGCCCACCAGACUCCACAGAUUAGUUUUUUUAGUUGUUAAUCAUUAAACAUUUCGUGACUACCAUAAACAAUAUUUUUAAAACAAUAAUAAAUUUAUUAGGCAACCGGCUCCGAGAAAAAAAAAAAUGGUCAUGUUAAGUAUACCCCAUUAUAAAACACAUCUAGUAAGAAUGCGGUGCUGAAGCAUGCUGGUUAGCAAAGCCUAACUCUGACCAUUCCAUGUGGAAAAUAUAAUUUAUAU